UUUUUUUAAAACAUUUUGAAUUUUUGUUAUUCAGUUUCGGUAAUGCCAAUAGAUAAACAAAGAAGUACUGAAAUUUUUUAUGCAUCAUUGUCGUUUGCCCAUCAGAGCCUGAGAAUCAGGCAUUGAGGCCAUCUGUUGCUAGCGGAAAGAGGAACGUGAACCAUAAAAUAUUAAUCGUAAAACUAUGAAAUAUACCAACUAUUUUAACUGUUAUUCAUUUUAAAUAGUCAACUAUCGGAAAGCCAACAGUGAUGGCUCCUAAAAAGAAAGUUUACAAUGGCUAUUCAGUAUUCAUGAUGGAGACUCGACAGAAAUUAAUAAAUCAAGGGAUUAAAGUUAGCAUGGCUGAUAUGUCAGAGUAUUGCCAAAAAGAUUGGGCAGGAAUGCCUGAUGAGAUGAAAGAAAAGUACAAGAUAAAAGGCAAAAAGAUGCAAAGUGAAGCAAAAAGUAGGCAAAUAUACUUCAAUUGGUGAAAAUAUAGAAGACGUUAAAAAACAAUCGGAUGAGAGUAAAUCACAAAACAAAUGCUAUGUACUCAUAUAUAGAUGUAUUGCUUAGCAUGCAACCAGCCAGCUAUUAUCUUCCCAAGCAAAAAUUUAUUUUGAUUCAUAUAAACCCUUAUACAUGUGAAAAAGAAGGAUUUUAUUUUCCUGCUGAAAUAUCCAUGGCUGAAUUUUCUUUAGAAAAAGGCUUGAUACGCAUGUUUCAUCAGCUAGUUGGAUUUGAUCAAGUCAAGACAAAUGCUCCGCGAGCUCCUACAGCAGAUAUUAACAAUCAUGCUGCUAACAAUCAUAAAAUAAACGUAUUCUCAAUGUUUCCCAAUAAUUACUCAGAAAUAUUAUUAAAAAUGAUUGGUUUUAUCAUGAACAAAGAAGUUGAUGUAUCUGUUCUAAAUGACUUAGCAUUAGACAUGCCACCAGUCUAUACUGCACAUACGCCUAUUGAAAAUGAACUGAUGAUUACUAGUUCAAGUUUAUUCAAGUUAUUUGAAAGUGCAGUAAGAGAUGCUGAAAGAACUGAUUUCAAUAAUAUUAUUAGGGUUUACCAUUUGGAUAAACUAUUUAUGGAACUGAAAAAUGCAUGUUAUAAAGUUAAACAUCCAGGUACAGAUGAUUUAGCUUUACCUUCUGUUGCUAUGGCUACCGAUAGUUUAUCAAAAGAUGUGUUAAGUACAAUUAAGACAAUUGGUUGUCAUUUUCAUGAAAAACUUGAACACAUUCAUGGCUGUAGUAACUAUUUUGUAUGUAAGUGGAUUAACAUUUUAUCAGCUCAUUGUUGUCGCUUUAUUGACAUAGAACUUGUAUCUGGUUGUCAUUAUGAUUUUGAUUUAUCUAAAACAGAGAGCCCAUUAGAAGAAUGUUUUGAUAAAAUUAAUAUUUCUAAAUUUGCUGCAAAUUAUUCAGAUGAUAGGGAAAUAAAUAAACCAAACACUUUAGCGGCCAAUAGUUUCCCAGCGCUUGAAGGUAAAUUAGCAACUGUUAUUCAAAAACCAAUAUGGAAUAAGCCAGAAUAUAAAGCAAAUACAAAUAGCAAAACUAUUACAAAUAAAGAACACAACUUUCCUCCCCUUGGUGAUUCGAAAAGUAUUCAAAUAAAUGCUCCUGUACCAGUAAUAAACAGCUGGUGUAAGAAUGCAGGUCGUGGCAAAGGUAUUAUUAGCCAAGUUCAAAGUAAUAACCAAAACCAAUUAAAUGCAAACUCAAAGCAAACAUCCAAAGGAAGAGGACUUUCUACUGAUAGAAAUAAGUAGCUUAGACAUAAUAAUUAAAUCAUCAAUUACUAAAUUUUUAAAUAGUAAUUAAUUAAUUUCUGUCAUUUAAAACUGGUUAUUUUAAUGCAAUAACAAUUAGAAAACUCAUGCAUAGAUAUGUAUUGAAAUUUUACAAAAAAAAAAAAAUGUAUUAAUAUUAAUAAACAUUAUUGCAAAUCAAUUGUCUAGUCUAAUAUAAAGACAAAUUGUGUAAAAACAUUAUACCUAAUACUACCUUUGUAAAUAUAAAUUUAAUUUUUAAAUAAAAUAUAUUAUUUUUAAUCUGAGAUGGUGGCCUGAGUGGUAACUUUGUUAUGAAGAGGUCUGAGGGCUGACUUCAUAAUAUAGUUCUUAAGACUAAGAAAACAGUUAAUAUUUUAUAAAUAUGAGUAUAUAACUCUAAAACAGUAAUAAUUUAUACACUUUACACCGCAUUUUUAUACAACUGUUGAUUUUAAUUUGUAUUAAAAAGCAAUAUGUUUUCAGUUACUCAAUAAUACAAAACAAAGUUAAAAACAUGAAGAAUCCGCUGACCCCAGAUCAAAUAUCUCUGAACAUGUCUGGCUAAGUAUGUGACUUGUUUUCAAAACCAUUUCCGAUUGUUUGGGUCAGGUUAAAUAUUUGUUCUGUACAUAAUUUUCCUGGGUGGAAACCAGCUUGUUCUUUAAUUAAUACAUUAACCGCAAAGGGUACUAAGUAGUUAAGCCGUAUUCUUUCAAAAAGAUUGUAUAUAUGGACGCAAAUUACCAAAUUACUCUUGGUCGUUGCACGCGUACAUUUUUCGUGACACGUCCUCUUAAUUUGUAUAUGUGGUGCAAAAUACAUGUUAUAUUUUUAAUAAAAUUGUAUAAUAUUA